CAUCACUUCCAAUUUCUUCUCUCGAUUCCAAUCCCCACCUCUAAUGGCCGCAACCACCACAGCUCCCACCACAGCCAUUUUUUCAUAAACCCCAAAUGGGCAAAGCCUUCAAAUGGUUCCGCGGCCUUCUUCGUCUCAAAAAAUCACACCCAUUUCUCAAUCCUUCUCCUAAUUCUAAGCUCAACCAGCUCAAAUGCCACUUUAAAGAUAACGAAAAAACCCACCACCAUGACGCCCCCGCCGCCUCCCCUGCCGUCGUCAAGAUCACAACCACCCGACGGACGACGCCUACGGCGGACCCUCACUCUGCUGCCAUCAAAAUCCAGGCUGCAUUUCGUGGAUUUCUGGUUUGUUCCUAAAUUACUACUUCUCGGUCCAACCAUUAAAAUUUAACAUUCUUUUUCUAAAAAAAUAGUGAUUUUUUUUUUCAAAAGAAUAAUCAUAAUGUUUUAAUUGGUUGAGCAAGUUCAUACCAAUUACGUUUUCUUUUAUAGACAAAUUAGAGAGGUUAUGAAUUUGAACCACCGACCCCUUGAGGAAGGUCAGAUGGAGCAUUCUAUUGGACUACACCUUACCUAACUAAAAGCUUCAUCUUUUUCAUUUUGCCAUAAUAAAAGUUCUACCCUUUUUUUUCUAAUGGGGUUUGAAAUUUUUAUGUUGCAGUGGAUAGUUUAGUGAUUUGGGUUGAAAUUUCACUUUUUUAACUUGCCAUAAUAAAUUUAAUGCUCGUACAUGGUUUGUUGAAUUUUAUUUUUGUCUAAUGACUCAAGAGAAUUAAAGGGAAAAAAAGAUUUGUGAAUAGGGUUUAAGUUGAGAAACAGCCCUAUAUUUAGGGAGUAGAUUAGCAAUUCAACAAUCUCACUCUCUAUUGUUUAGUUUAGAAUCUCAACAAAUUCCAUCAUCUAAAUCUCAAUUCCUUUUCACAUUGGGAUUACCAAAAAGCAUCCUUCUUUUUUGUUUCUUUCAAUCUUAGCUGUUGAGUGUGUUACACACUCAAUAUCUCCCCUACACACAAGUCACGUCUCAAAUCAAAUCAAAAACAUUUUUUUUAAUUAUUUAAUAAACAAUUCUAUCAAAGAAAUAAAUGGGUCUUUAUAAGAAAGUUUUUGGAGUUGUUCAAUGAGAAACGGGUAGGGAUCUACAUUUUGUUACAUGGGAACAUGAAAGUCUCUUCCGGACGGCAUCGUUUCGAGCAAAACGAUGUCGUAUUAUCACUUCGUAUGAAAAAACACAAGCCGUGUGGGACCCGGUCCGUAUAAUUCUGCCAUCUGUCCUUUCAAAAUCUCCCUUCCAAUGUAAGGUGAAAAGGAGCUUUCACCUUAUUAAUACCUCCAGAUUCUCUCCUUUGUACUUUUACAUUUAUUUUACUUUUAAAAUUUUGGUGAAAUAAAUAAAUAAAUAAAUAAAUACAUAAAUAACAAAAAAGAAAAGUUCAGGUUUUUCAUGAUGAGUUUUGCUAUUUUUGAAUUCUGUAUCUUAAAUUUACUUUCUGAAUUUCACUUUUUCAUCUUUCCUUAAAACAUAAAAUCCAUUGUGAAAUGUUCCUUUUUUUUUUUUUUUUUUUUUCCUUUUUAUCAUUCAGAUAAAAAGAAAGUGUUGCCUUUUCUUUUCUUCCUUAGGAUAUGAGGGAGACCCCUCUGUCUUCUUCGUUUCCAAGCUCUUUAAAAGGAAAAAGCUUGACCUAUUUCUAGUAAAAAAAGGUGGUUUUUUACUUUUUAUGGUAAAGAACUUACCUUUCACCUUUUUCUAACAUAACCCAUGUGAAAAUAUUUAGAAUUUUGGGGACCCAAUUGAGAUAUUGUAAUAAUUGAGGGGUCAAACCCUAAAAAAAUUAUCAAACUGAGGAUUGUUCUUGGAAAUCCCCAGUGGGGUUGGUUUGUCUGAUUAGGUGGAAAUGGAAUUAGGCCUUCUGUUUGGCUACAGUUUGAUGUUAUCUUUAUUUUGGAAUUGUAGGAAGCGUUGUUCAGAGUUGGAAUAAACUUAUUUAAAUUUAUUUUUUGGUUUUUUGUUUUAUAUUUGUGGAAAUCAACCUCCUGUCAAUAAAUUAAGACCUUUGUAUGUUUAGGUAGACAUUUUAAACGUUGCAUGACAUAAAUGAAAUUUUGGGUUGAUUAGGAGUAUUUAAUGCUUUGGUGUAAUGAACUGGAAAAACCUUGGCUGUAAUGGAAGCACGUAUGACUUUCUGAAGGCAUUAAGGGCACUAAGAGGGUUGGUGAGACUCCAGGCAUUGGUUCGAGGCCAUAUAGAGAGGAAGCGGACAGCCGAAUGGAUAAAGAGGAUGCAGGCAUUACUGAGAGCACAAGCACGGGCACGAGCAGGACGGAGUCAAUCUUCUUUGGAUUUCUUGCAUUCAGAUAUCAAAUUCUCCAGCUUCUCUUCUAUUGAUCCUGUUACCCCAGAAAAAUUUGAGCACAGCCCACAUACUAAGAGCACUAGGUUUAAACAGAUGCAGAGGAGUGGCUCAAGAUUUACAACUAUUGAUGCUGAAAACAUUGAUAGAAUCCUUGAAAUUGAGAAUGAAAAAGCUCACUUUAAGUUGAAACCCAAGAGCCUUUUUAGUUCCAUCAGGAAUGCUCUAUCUUCUUCUGAUGUGCCUUCAAAACAGCCUCCAAGUUCAUUUUCCUGUGAAACCCAAUGUUUUAGUCCAUUUAAAUUCUCUCAUGAAGUUGAAGAGAACUCUUUCUUUUCUGUCUCAUCAAGGGGCGGUAGUACAAAGAAAAGCCCCUUCACCCCGGCUAAGAGUGACAGUACGAGAAGCUAUUUCAGUGGCGACUCUGAAUAUCCGAGUUACAUGGCCUGUACUGAAUCUUCAAGAGCUAAAAUGAGAUCUCAUAGCGCUCCGAGACAGCGACCUCAGUAUGAAAGAUCGAGUUCUGCAAAACGGGGUUCUGCAUUCAUUGUUGGCGAAUCAAGACUAACUGCACAGCAGGUAUCAACAUUGCGGUCUAAUUUUGUUGGGAAAGCCUACCCCGGUUCUGGUCGACUGGACAAACUCGGGAUGCCUGUGGGUUACAGAUACUGAUGCGUCUAAUAUUUCUCUUCUUCAUCUCCUACUUCACAAGAGUAGUAGCCUUACUUUGCUAACUUAUAUUAGUAGUUAGUCCUAAUAAUGAAUAUGUGAAAAUCUGAUUCAAACUUUGAGAGCUGGAAACGGUCAAGUUUAUAAUCCUAGAACUAGAAAGACAUUAUCACUGUUCUUAAAAUUUACUGUUUAGUAUUGUCUAUUUACAUGGUAAUGUAUGCUUUCCUCUUUUUAA